GUGCUGGGUGGGAGUCACUGUCUCUCGGGCUGACCGCUGGUCUGGGUUUGGUCCAAAUAUGGGGUGGAUUCGUGGAUUUCUCUGUGUUUUCAUCAUCUCAUCCUUCUUUCUUGUCAGUCAUGCCCAGAAAGUUGUUUGCACCCAAGAAGCCAUGGCCGAUAUCGUUUUCUUAGUGGAUGGCUCUGCCAGCAUCGGCCUAAAAAACUUCCAGCAGAUCCGGGAUUUCCUCUUCUCAUUGGUGUCAAACUUUGAUGUUGCUCCUAAUAAAGUCAGGAUAGGCAUGGUCCAGUACAGUGACACACCCCGUACUGAGUUUACCCUCAACAGGUACGAGGACAAGCAGGAGAUCCUCGACUACAUUAAACGUUUGCCUUAUAAGACCGGUGGCACCAACACUGGCAUGGGUUUGGAAUUCUUACUGAAAAACCACUUUGUCGAGGAAGCAGGAAGUCGAGCCAAACAACAGGUGCCUCAGAUCGCGGUGGUCAUCACGGAUGGGGAUUCCCAGGACGAGGUCGAGCCAUUUGCUCAGGAGCUGAGGCAGAAGGGAAUCAAAAUAUAUGCCAUUGGAAUCAAAGAUGCAGACGAAGCCUUGCUGAAGAAGAUUGCAACCCAGCCGUAUGACCAGCAUGUGUACAGCGUGUCUGACUUUGCAGCGCUGCAGGGCAUCUCGCAGAACAUCAUUCAUGAGCUGUGCACCACAGUGGAAAAGGAGGGAGAGAUCAUCCUGCCGCUACAAGAAUGCAAACAGAUGGCAUCGGCAGAUAUUGUGCUGCUUGUUGAUUCAUCUGACACCAUCGGAGAUGCCAAUUUUGCAGAGAUACAGCGUUUUCUUCGUGCAUUUGUAGAUACACUUGACAUAAGGCCAGACAAGGUGAGAGUUGGACUUGUCCAGUACAGUGAUAAACCUUAUCAGGAAUUCCUGCUGGGUGAAUAUGCAGACAAGGCAGACCUGCUAAAGAAGUUUGACAACAUCAGGUACCAUAAGGGCAGUGCAAACACUGGGAUUGCGCUGGACUUCAUUCGGGAAAACUACUUCAACCAAGCCAGAAAGAAUGUCCCCCAUAUUGCCAUAGUGAUCACGGACGGGGUGUCAGGAGAUGCUGUGGAGGAACCUGCGCAAAAGCUCCGAAUGCAGGGAGUCAUCACCUUUGUAGUUAAAACCGGGGGGGCCAAUAUUGUGCAACUACAUGCCAUCGCUAAUAGUCCCCAGGAAGAAUUCUUGUUUAGUGCAGACAGUCACCAAAAACUACAGGAACUGGUAGAGAAUCUGCGCAGAAAAGCGUGCAUUGCUGUUGAUGACCAAUUACGAGCUUUUUCCAAGAAGUUUGCAGAUGUCUUUUUCCUGGUUGACAGUACAGCAUCUAGAGCAGAGACUCAACAAAUUCGGAGUCUCUUAACACGGGUGGUCAACCAGCUCAACGUAGGGAAGAAUACUAACCGUGUUGGCUUGGCGCAGUUCAGCGAGGAUGUUGAAGAGGAGUUUCUCUUCAACAGUAAUAAGACAAAAAGUGAGAUUCUGACGACCAUUCGAAAUCUGCAACUGAGGCCUAAAGGGUUGCGCAGAAUUGGACAUGCCAUUGAACACGCUCGCACUCACUUCUUCAACACUGCAGCUGGUAGUCGCAUUGCCGAGGGCUUCAAACAGUUCCUGUUGGUUGCAAGUGCAGGCAAAUCAGAUGAUGGGGUCCUUCGUCCAGCACGUACACUCAAAAAAGAGGCAGUGAAAGUGAUCACUGUUGGCGUGGGUCGUUCAGAAAUGGAUGAGAUGGAGGACAUCUCCAGUCCCACCCUGAGCUACAAGUUAGAUCCGAGAACACUUCCACAAUUGCCCCCAAAAAUCAAGGCUGUGGUUGAAUCACAAGAGGAGCUCAAUGUCACAGACGAUUGUAGGUCCGCUGAGGUGGCAGACAUUGUGUUCAUUGUUGAUGAAUCUGGCAACAUGGGGCCAGAAAACUUCCAGCUUGUACGUGACUUCCUCCAGAAUACCAUUUCAGGCCUUGACGUGGGAAGGGACAAAGUGAGGAUCGCCAUCGUCCACUACAGUGAUGUACCCAGGGCUGAUGUUUAUCUAAACACUUUCGAUGACAAGAGUGAAAUCCUGCAAUAUAUUAAGACGCUGUCUUACGGCAGAGGGAAAACAAACACUGGAGCUGCUCUAAAAUUCGCCAAGGACCAGGUUUUCACUAAGGCGAGAGGAAGUCGGAGUGAUGAACAGGUUCAACAGAUAGCGGUGGUCGUCACUGAUGGAAAGUCCUCAGAUGACUUUAGCGGCCCGGCAGCGGAAUUGCGCCGCUCAGGCGUGAAGGUUUUUGCCCUGGGCAUUAAAAACGUCAAUGUAGAUGAUCUGAAAAAGAUCUCAUCCUUUCCACCCAGAAAAUAUGUGUUCAACGUGGAGAGUUUCACUAAGCUCAACGCACUGUCAGGCAUACUAACAAAGAGCCUUUGUAGGAAUAUUGAAAAUGACGUGUUCAUGCUUCCGAAAAUUAUCACUAUUCAAAAAGGCUGCAAGUUUACAGCGGAAGCUGACAUCUACUUCCUCGUGGAUGAAUCAGGGAGCAUCACCUAUGCUGACUUUGACGACAUGAAAGCUUUCAUUUUAGAGUUCCUUCAUAUGUUUCAGAUUGGACCCGAACAAGUGCGCAUUGGUGUGGUGAAGUUUGCAGACAAAGCGACCAUCGUGUUCCGCUUGAAUACUUAUGACAGUAAACCUGCUUUGGAAAAAGCAGUGAAAGAUCUGUUCCAGGAGGGAGGCGGCACCAGAACCGAUCUGGGACUGGAAGCAAUGAUCCCUCUCUUCAAGCAGGCUGAGCAAACACGCAAAGAAAAGGUUCGGGAGUUGCUGAUCGUGAUCACAGAUGGCAAAUCUGAGCCAGGAGGGACACCAGUAAAAAUUCCCGCUGAACAACUGAGGAAGCAGAACGUCACAAUCUAUGCUGUUGGAGUAAAAAAUGCAGACAUGGCUGAGCUGGAAGACAUGUCUGGCAGCCCUAAAAGGACAUUUUACGUGAAAAACUAUGAUGCUCUUAAGCUGAUCAAAACCAAAAUCCUCAAAGAAAUUUGCUCAUUUGAAGCUUGCAGUGACCUUUUGGCGGACGUGGUCUUCCUUAUCGAUGGUGCAGAUGCAGUUGACCCUGCAGAUUUUGAGCAAAUGAAGGAAUUAAUAGGACUCGCUGUAGAAAAGCUUCCCAUUCGAGAAAACAGGGUACGACUUGCCGUCAUUCAGUAUAGCACCAACACAAAAGUGGAAUUUGCUUUGAAUUCCUUUUAUGACAAAGACAAGCUUCAGAAAGAAAUAGUGUCAAUAAAGCAGCUCAAAGGCAAAACUUACACAGGAAAAGCACUGACAGAAGUGUCACAGGCUUUUGAGGAAUCCAAUGGGGGACGCACCAGUGUUUUGCAGUUCCUGGUAGUCGUUACUGAUAGCUUGUCCAAAGAUGACGUAGCACUGCCUGCUAAGGCUCUUAGAGAGAAGAACAUCAACAUUUUUGCUGUUGGUCUGGAGCAUGCUAGCAGAUCUGAGCUGUUUUCUAUCUCUGGAUCCUAUGAGAGAACGUACCUGGAGAACCUGGAGGACUUUGCUUCCAUCCAAGCUUUGGGCAGUGAGGUCAUCUUCAAGAUCUGCAACACUGAUUGCCAGAGACCUGAGCUAGUAGACAUAAUCUUCCUGGUGGACGGAGCUGAUAGCGUUGACAAAGCAACCUUUCAGGGUAUAAAAACCUUCAUGGAGACUGUGGUGGCCAAGACAGAGGUUGGAGAAAAACGGGUUCGCUUUGGUGUCAUCGUCUACGCCGACAAACCUCAAUCUGACUUCACCUUGAACCAGUACUACAGCAAAGCUGAGGUUCUGAAGGCCAUCUCAGAGCUGCACUCCCUUGGAGGACGCAGAAACACAGCCCAGGCUCUGAAGUAUGCAGUCUCCUACUUCUCUGCAGCACACGGAGGACGGCGCGCCCAACAUGUUCCCCAAGUCCUGUUUCUUAUCACAGAUGGCCCAGUUUCUGACUCUUCUGGUCUGGCAGACUGGCCUCGAGUUCUUGCAGGGUCAGAGGUCAACAUGUUUGCUAUUGGAGUGGCAGAAGCUCGUGAGGCUGAGCUGAGGAGAAUCGCAGGAAACAACCAAAGGGCCUUCUAUGUGGACAAUUUCCAAGCUUUAGAAACACUAUGUAAACCCAUCACUCAUCAGCUCUGCAAUUUGACAAAACCAGUGUGUGAGAAGGAGUUGGGGGACCUAGUCUUUUUGGUCGAUGGAUCAGAAUCAAUUAGUCCACAGAACUGGAUAGUUCUAAAGAGUUCCAUGAUCAACCUUGUCAGAAAACUGGAGAUCGCACCAGACAGAUGGCGGGUUAGUGUGGCCCAGUUCAGCGACAUCGUCCUGGAUCACUUCUACUUAGACAAAUACAGCAAUUUAGAAGGAGUGGAACAAGGCAUAAAAGACAUUUCCCAAAGGAAGCAAGGCACAAACACCUGGAGUGCCUUGAAAAUGGUACAAGACUACUUUAAACCAGAGCACGGAUGCAGGAUAAACAAAGGAGUUUCUCAGAAUUUGCUACUGAUCACUGAUGGCAAAGCUAAUGAUGAGGAGAAUCUGGGUGCUCUAGUUGAACUUAGAGCUAAGAAUAUUGAAAUAUUUGCCAUUGGAAUUGGCGAAGAUGUAAACCACUUUCAACUUCUCAAAAUAGCGGGUUCAAAAGAGCGGGUCUUCUUCGAGAACUUUGAGAGCCUUACACUGAAGACGACUACGGAGAAAGUGCUCCAAGCCAUUUGUACUCCGGAUGCAAUUCCCGAUCCACAGGGUUGUUCUAUUGACAUUGGCAUUGGGUUCGAUGUAUCACAAAGAACAAGCUCUCAGCCUCUGCUAGGUCCGCACAUCGAACCCCUGGUUGCUGCAGCUAUUCAUCACAUGUCUACAGUGGGGAAUCUCUGCUGCGUCCCGGCAGACAAAAUUGAGACUAAGCUUGGCUUCCGACUUGUUUCUGGGCAAGAUGGGAAAGUUAUGGAUGAUUUUGGCUUCGAAAAGUAUGAUAGCAAUGUGGUCAGGAAGGUGCUGGAAUUGCGGCCUACAACUCCCACAGCUUUCAACUCAUUUCUUCUGAACUCCUUCAGACAGAAAUUGAGUUCCUCUAGGGCUGGAGUGAAGGUGGUGGUCCUUUUCACAGAUGGCUUUGACGAUACAUUGGAGCAUCUAAAGGAGAGUUCAGAGAGACUCCGUCAGAGUGGGGUCAGUGCACUGCUGAUUGUGUCUCUGAAUGGUAAUGUGGACUAUCAGCAGUUGGAGUUUGGACGAGGCUUCAGCUAUGCUAGGCCUCUUUCCAUCAACAUGUUGAAUGUGGGCAACGCUCUGCAGGAACAGAUUGAAACAGUGGCUUCGAGAGAGUGCUGCAACGUAACUUGUUCAUGUAGCGGGGUUUUCGGCCCCCAAGGUCAACGUGGGUUCCUAGGAUCAAAGGGCAUUCCAGGGCUGAGAGGCUACCCUGGAUUCCCUGGUGAUGAAGGAGCCAUGGGUGGAAGAGGUUUACCUGGCCUAAAUGGGACUCAAGGACACCAGGGUUGCCAAGGAAGAAGAGGCCUGAAGGGCUCAGUAGGCUACACUGGAAAUCGGGGUGAAGAUGGUGAGAUUGGUCUGAAUGGUGUGGAUGGUGAGCAGGGUGAAAAGGGAUUGACUGGGCCAGCAGGACCAAAGGGAGAACCAGGGCGCCCAGGUAUAAAAGGAGUUAGAGGGACCUCUGGGCCUAAAGGAGACCGUGGUGUGAGAGGAGAUACUGGAACACCAGGUGUGGACAGCGGUUUGCCAGGUCCAACGGGUGAAAGGGGAUAUGUAGGCUUCCCAGGUGACCAGGGUCCAGAUGGACCUCCAGGGAGACCAGGAGAGUCCGGAGAGCCUGGCUUCCCUGGGAGGAAGGGCCCAGAAGGUCUUCCGGGUCUGACUUCAACUGUAAAAGGAGAACCAGGUCCAGAAGGACCGCCAGGGUUUCCUGGUUCACGAGGCCCAGUUGGUCACGAUGGAAACAAAGGAGAGAAAGGUGAUCAAGGUCUACCUGGAGUUCAGGGACUCUACGGUCCAGUUGGAAGCAAAGGAGCUAAAGGACAUGAAGGACGCAGAGGACCACAGGGCCCACCUGGUGACAUUGGCAGUAAAGGUGACCUUGGACUAGGGGGUUUCAGAGGAACACCGGGUCACGUAGGUGCUGAUGAGUUUGGGCCUCCAGGACACAAAGGACACAAAGGAAAUGCCGGCUUUCCUGGUUAUCCUGGUUUGAUAGGGGAAGAUGGCUUUAAAGGAUCCAAUGGAGCAGCAGGACCUAAAGGACACCACGGAAGGCCGGGGACCAGGGGUGCUCAGGGACUUCCAGGGGAUCCUGGAGAGAGAGGACUGGUUGGACACAGGGGCCCUAAAGGACUGCCAGGAACCAGCUCCAAGACUGAAUGUGAACUAGUGAAUUAUGUCCGUGAAAACUGCGCUUGCUGUGUAGGUCACACUCAGUGUCCAGCAUACCCAACAGAACUGGUCAUUGCUCUGGAUACGUCUCUGGAUGUAACCUCAGAAGUGUUUGAGAGAAUGAAAUCAGCAGCCCUCUCACUGUUGGAGAACAUCACCAUCACUGAGACGAAUUGUCCAGCUGGAGCUCGGGUCUCUGUAGUUUCCUACAACAAUGAAACCAAAUACCUCAUCCGUUUCUCAGACUACCAUCAGAAGAAGCUCCUACUGGAAGCAGUGGAGGGGCUGUCUCUGCAGAGUACCAGGAAAAACCGGAACAUCGGCCAGGCCAUGCGCUUCGUGGCUCAGAAUGUCUUUAAACGGGUUCGGGAUGGAAAGCUGGUGAGAAAGGUGGCGAUCUUCAUCACAAAUGGUCGAUCAGAGGAUGUCUCAGCCAUUAACACAGCCAUGUUGGAGCUCAAGGCUUUGGAUGUCCAUCUGGGACUUGUUGCUUUCAAUGAUGCUCCAAAUGUCAAUCGGGCCUUCCAGGCAGAUGAAACCAGGAGUUACAUGAUAUUUGACGAUCGGCGACACAGUCGGAUUAAAGAGUGUGUCAUUUGUUUUGAUCGCUGCAAACCAGACCUGACAUGUGGCAUCAUCCUGAGCCCUCCACCUGAAGAGGUGGAUGUGGACCUGGUUAUAAUAAUGGAUGCAUCCUUUGACCUUCCAACUGACCAGUACUCUGGGGUGAAGGAAGUUUUAGUCUCACUGGUGGAUGAAGUAGAUGUGAGCAUUGAACCCACAAAGGAAGAUGGAAAGGCCCGAAUCGCUGUCUACCAGCAAAGCUCUAGUUACCCCAACCAAAUCAAGGAAGAAUUCAGUCUCAAAACGUUCAGAGACAGAGGCCUGAUGAAGAGUCACAUUUCCAAAGCUAUGAAGCAAGUUGGUGGGUCAUCGCACCUAUUUUCAGCUCUUGAACGGAUAGUAACCAAUGUGCUCAUGGAAGCUGAAGCUCCCAGGAAGAAACGAAUGGUGCUGGCAAUUCUCGGUGAAGACUCUGGGUACUUGGACAAAGAAGAGCUGAACUAUAUUUCUAAGCUGUGCAUGUGCCAAGAUGUGGUGUUGUUCAUCCUGACAGUAGGGGAGAAGUUCAGCAGGUCUCUGGCUGAGGAACUGACCACCUACCCUCCAGAGCAGCACUUAGUGCACCUGGGUCAGCUAGUGCUGAAAGAUCUGAAGCAUGCUCAACGGUUCUUCAGAGCUUUCCUUCGCAUGCUGACCAGAGAUUUGUUUCCCAAGCCUUCAUCCCAAAGGAGUGAGUGUAGUACCUUUGUUCCCAGGCAAUUUGGGCCAUAUGGGAGCAUUGGUCCUGUGCGUCUACCUGGAAGCAUUGGUCUGCCCACCAUUCCUCCAACCACCAUUCCUCCAACCACCAUUCCUCCAGCAGAGACUGAGGAGUUAAGUACGGAGCCCUAUGCUGAGGCAUAUACGGAGCCCUAUAUAGAAGUGUUCUCAGAUGUAUAUCAAGAUGUGUAUCAUGACGUAUAUCCCAAUGACCACACAAAGCAACACGCUGAAAACCUGGAGUACACUGAGGCUCCCGCAAAGGAAGUGGAAGAGCAGAAAGAAGUUACACAUCAAAGUGGGCUGGAUGAAUCUGAGGCUCGAUGUUUGCUCGAUAAGGACACCGGCACUGUGUGCUCCAGUUAUCAGUCCCGGUGGUUCUAUGACCGAAACACUCGGGAAUGCAGACACUUCUGGUAUGGCGGCUGUAAUGGGAACAGCAAUCGCUUCCUUAACAAAAAUGAAUGCUUAGAGACGUGUGCAGGACUGGAAUUGGAAAGCCUUCUCAAGGAUGAUCCUCCAACACAAGACGAUGUUUGCCAGCUUACUCAUGAUAUGGGGAAAUGCUAUAACUUUUCUUUGAAAUGGCGUUUCGAUGUGUCCAAGCGAGAGUGCACUCGCUUCUGGUACGGAGGAUGCGAGGGCAACGGAAACAGGUUCGACACGCAAGAGGAGUGUGAGGCUCGCUGUCUGAGAGCUGUGAACAGACUCUGAGGACGUGUUCCAUCAAGUGAAAACAUCAACAUCUGCUCUUAGUUAAUAUAAUACAUAAUUAUGAAUUGAUAAUGAUGAAUGAAGUGGGUAGUAAGCAGGUGAAGUCAAGGACAAAUCCAUGACAUCACUGAAAGACUAUGUCACUGUGAGUUCAGUGCAGAACAGGAAUCAGUUCUGAUUGCUAUCAACAAAGAUUUUUAUAUGUUGCAUUUGGAUAAAAUGUAUAAAAUAAUGUAGCAUCAGCUAUAGAAAACAGAAUAAUUGCAUAUAGGAAAAGAGGGAAAAGUUGAAGGUAUUGAACUUCAAAUGCAUUUUGAUGCUUAGGUCAUCAAAAACAUGUCUUACAAUAUUUAUGAUGUUUUC